AUGCCACCAAAACGAAAGAGUACUCGGGUGAAGACUCCUACGGGGGAUCCACAAGCAAAAGAACUUCCUCUCACUGCGGAAACGGCUCCAAUGCCAUCGACUUCUUUGCCAGUGCAACAAAACGAUGAUGAUCACAUGCAGAUCACUUCCGGAGCCAGUCAAGAGAUGGAUUCAGAUUCGUCUCUGGACGUAUCUACCGACGAACUUUGGCAACUUCCAAAAAGAAAAAGGACUCAAAGAGCCACUCCUGCGCGUCGCAAAACACCAGUUAGUAUUAAGAAAGAGGAUGCUGAAGAAACGCUUGAUAAGAUUGCCAAGAAUGAAGAUAGCGUUGACGAAGAUCAAGAGGAGCAAGAUCCCGGUCCUUCCAAUAUUUCCAAAGUGUUCAGAGGAGUUCAGGCUUUAAAGAAAGCGAUUCCGGAUCCCAACGUUGUUGAAUUGGCUGCUCGUUCGUCGAUUUUAUUAAAUGACAAUUGGAAUAAUCAGGAAUUGCGACAACUUUUGGAGGGAAUCCAAUGGUAUGGUGCCCAUGAAAGUUCAUUGGGUACAAUUCGAAGAAAGUAUUUUGCCUCCAAGACUGUCGACCAGAUUCGGUAUAAAAUUGAAGAAAUUCGAAACUUGAAUCGAAUGGCGGCUGCUGAACGUCAAAAGAUGGAGAAUGAAUAUUGGAAUUCAGAGCGAAUUGCUAAAAAGUCUGGUUUUUAUUGGUCAAUCUUUACGCACCGGAUGCUUUCCACGAUGGCUGGAACCCGAGAAGCAAAUUCAACCUAUUUUUGCCAAAAUACUUUGCGAAAUGCUAUAGCAAGUGAGGCAAGCAAACAAAGUAACAUUUCGAAGACUUACAAAAUAACGGAUUCUCCUGGGGACAGAGAAAUUACUCAGACGCAAGUUACUUGGCGCAAGAUUUACGAAGCGAUGGCCUCGUGGUGUAUUGAUGAAGAAGAGCAACGUCCUUUAAAUAACUUGGAGUCGUCAAUUAUUCUUGCUGUAAUUGAUCAACUUCGCGAUGAGGUGAUCAAUCAAACGGAAGAUAAGAAACGCAGGCUACACGGGCUUUUUGAUGCUUUGUUGCAAGAUGAUUACAGAAACUUCAUGCCUCAAAACUGUCAGGAUCCAACGGAAGAAAUUGCUUCAAGAUUGCUUAUCGAUCCUCUCGGAAUGUUGAGAUCGCAGGCUGCCGAAAUGAGUGAUGAUGUCAUUGAGGCUGAAAACAACGCGGGCACCUCAUUUGAUUUGCCAAGUGCAUUCGGUUUGACCUCAUUCAGCACUCAAUCAGCGCUCGAACUCUUGCUCAACAGUUCGGCUUCACAAAUCGACGAGAACGAGACCGAAUUGGGGCUCAACAUGUCUGCGACUUCAGGAGAAUUGGCU